UGCAGAACUGGUAGAUAAUAUCCUCCAUCCUCUUCCCUUUCCUUUCCUUUCCUUUCCUUUCCCCCCCGGUAAAUCACAAUCACCUCCUCACCCAAAAUGCCCGGCAAACCUACCCUCGACUCCCACGUCAUCAAAUUCACAAACUGCCGCAUCGUCAAGGGAUCUGAUCUGGUCCAACAGGAUGUCUGGAUUGACUCGGUUUCGGGAAAGAUCCUGAGGGACCAAGAAGCCUUCUACGGACUACACCUCUCCCCUGAUGAGGUCAUCGAUCUCCGAGGCCGCAUUCUUGCUCCGGGUCUGAUCGAUGUGCAGCUCAAUGGUGCCCAAGGGUUCGAUUUCUCCGUCCCCCACGCUUCCAAAGAAGAGUACGAUGAAGGCUUGCGCGUGGUGAAUAAGGGGCUUGCCAGGACCGGGGUCACUUCUUAUCUUCCUACCGUUGUUAGCUCCACUCCAGAAGUUUAUUGGAAGGUCCUCCCGUCUCUCGGCCCUUCUGGCACUUCCCAUCGCCCUGAAGAUGGGGCCGAAUCCCUAGGAGCCCAUGUGGAAGGCCCCUUCCUCAGCCCCGGCCGCAACGGCAUCCACAAAACAGAGGUCCUCCGCGCAGCCUCCACCCCAGAAGACCUACUCGAGUGCUACGGCCGCGAGAACCUCACCGGCCCGACCAAAACCGUCAAACUCAUCACGGCCGCCCCCGAAGUCGGGACCAUGCUCGCCAACAUCCCCGACCUGGUCGCCAACGACAUCAUCUACUCCAUCGGCCACUCGGACGCCACCUACGAACAAGCCAUGGCGGCCACCGCGCAAGGCGCCACGAUGAUCACCCAUUUGUUCAACGCCAUGCGCCCCUUCUACCACCGGAACCCCGGGAUUUUCGGCCUGCUGGGCCAGAACGAGCGCGCCCGUCCCUUCUACGGGGUCAUCGCCGACGGCAUCCACCUCCACCCGACUUCGAUCCGCAUCGCGUACAACGCGCACCCGGAUGGCUUGAUCCUCGUGACCGACGCCAUGAAGCUCUGCGGCCUCCCGGACGGCGUCUACGAAUGGACCAACGGCGAGCGCAUCGUCAAGUCCGGCGCCAGACUCACCCUCGAGGGCUCCGACAAGAUCGCCGGCUCCUCUGCUACCCUCAUCGAAUGCGUCAACAACUUCCGCCGCUGGUCCGGCGCGUCGACGGCCCUCGCCCUGAAUGCUGCCACCGCCGCCCCGGCCCGCAUGCUCGGUCUCCAGGGUACCAAGGGCUCCCUGGAUAGCGGGGCCGACGCGGACCUGAUCGUUCUCGACGACGACGACGACGACAACGCGGAUCCUGAUUCUGGACCUACCUUGACGAUCAACCAGGUCUGGAAGAGGGGGGCUAAGAUUUAUGAUUCUGCCAAGGAUGCAGGAAUGGUUUAGUUUCUUUCUUUCUUUCUCUCUCUCUCUCUCUCUCUCUCUCUCUCUCUCUCUGUCUCUUUUUUUUUUUUUUUUUUUUUUUUUUUUUU